AUGGAUGACUGGCAGCAGUUUCUGCAAUCGGUGAUUUUCGGCGUCGUUUUCUCGUACCUGCUCGCGAAGCUCUUCUCCGUGAUCUUCGCCUUCCGUGAUGAGAAUCACAGGAUCACUCGGGCGCUUUCACCGGAGCUGAAAUCCGAUCGGGUGUCUGCGGAUCCUUCGUCUGGCGCUCCGGGAGAAGCUGAGCCGUUGAUCGGCGGAGACGGGAAAUCCGGCAGUGAAAGGGAGGUGAUCGGCGAUUUUAGCGACAGUGACGAUGAUUGGGAGGGCGUUGAGAGUACAGAGCUGGAUGAGCUGUUCAGUGCUGCCACUGCAUUCAUUGCUGCCACGGCUGCUGAUCGUGUGGCGGUGAAGGUGUCGAAUGAUGUCCAGUUACAGCUUUAUGGAUUGUAUAAGAUUGCCACCGAGGGCCCAUGUUCGACUCCCCAGCCUUCAGCUCUGAAAAUGACUGCCCGUGCCAAAUGGCAAGCAUGGCAGAAACUGGGUGCCAUGCCUCCUGAAGAAGCAAUGGAGAAGUACAUUGCUAUUGUGACUGAGUUAUAUCCUACUUGGGCUGCUGGUGCUGCCACUGGGCCGAUGGGACCUGUUUUUAGUAGCUUCAUAUAUGAGGAGGAAUCUGGAUCUGAACUGAAAAUGGAUGCUAUGCAUGCCUUUGCACGGGAAGGGGAUGAAGAGAAGUUGCUCCAUUGCAUAGAGAGUGGUGUGCCGUUAAAUAUAAAAGACAGCGAGGGCCGCAGCCCUUUGCACUGGGCUGUAGAUCGAGGCCAUCUGAAUGUCACAGCACUGCUUCUGGACAAAAAUGCUGAUGCCAAUGCUAAGGAUGAUGAAGGCCAAACCGCAUUGCAUUACGCUGCUGUAUGCGAGAGAGCUUCAAUAGCGGAGUUACUUUUAAAACACGGUGCUGAUAUGGAUAUAAAGGACAACGAGGGAGACACUCCUCGUGAUCUUUGUGAGUCAAGCUGGCCGGGGCUGGAGCUUCUGGCAAAAACCGCCAAUUGA